GGCCGGGAUGGAGCGGGAGGGCGGCGGCCCGGGGCCCCCCGCGCCCCACGAGCCCAUCAGCUUCGGCAUCGACCAAAUCCUGGGCGGCCCCGAGCCCACGGGGCCGCACCGAGCGGCGGCAGAACCCGACUACGGACUCUACGGCAGCGGCUACGGCCCCGCGGGUCCGCUCGGCUCCUACAACCUCAACAUGAGCAUGAACGUGAGCGUGAACGUGACCCCCGCGCCCGCCGCGCCGCCCGCCGGAGUCAUCCGCGUCCCGGCGCACCGGCCCGCGCCCGCCCCGCCGCCCGCCGCGCCCGCCGCGCCGCCGCCGGGGCCCGCGCUGCCGGGGCUCACCUUCCCCUGGAUGGAGACAACGCGCCGCAUCGCCAAGGACCGGCUCUCAGCCGCGCUGUCGCCCUUCGUGGCCACGCGGCGCAUCGGGCACCCGUACCAGAACCGGACGCCGCCCAAGCGCAAGAAGCCGCGGACGUCCUUCUCGCGGGUGCAGAUCUGCGAGCUGGAGAAGCGCUUCCACCGCCAGAAGUACCUGGCCUCGGCCGAGCGGGCCACCCUGGCCAAGGCCCUCAAGAUGACGGACGCCCAGGUCAAGACCUGGUUCCAGAACCGCCGCACCAAGUGGAGGCGUCAGACGGCAGAGGAGCGCGAGGCGGAGCGGCAGCAGGCCAACCGGCUGAUGCUGCACCUGCAGCAGGAGGCUUUCCAGAAGAGCCUGGCGCAGCCGCUGCCGCAGGACCCGCUCUGCAUGCACAACUCCUCGCUCUACGCCCUGCAGAACCUCCAGCCCUGGGCCGAGGACAACAAGGUGACGUCGGUCUCGGGGGUGGCCUCUGUGGUGUGAGGGUGCUGCU